AUGGAUGCUCGAGCUUCUCCUGCCACCCAAGCUCAACAAGCAGCUCAACCAUCAUCUGCUAAUCAGGAAGUUAAUAGGGAUGAAAUUGUUCAAUGGAUAGUUGACCUAAGGGAUCCUGUAAAAAGAGAACAAGCUCUUCUAGAGUUAAGUAAAAAGAGAGACAGUGUACCAGAACUGCCUGUCUGGUUAUGGCACUCUUUCGGAACUAUGGCUGCUCUCUUACAGGAAAUCAUUGCAAUUUACCCAUCUAUUAUGCCUGCCAAUUUAACUGCUGCUCAAUCAAAUCGUGUUUGUAAUGCCCUUGCUCUUAUGCAAUGUGUUGCUAGUCAUAAAGAAACCCGUGGACCUUUUCUUAAAGCUCAUAUACCUCUUUACCUCUAUCCUUUCCUCCACACUACGAAAACUUCUCGCUCAUUUGAAUACUUGCGCCUUACUUCUCUUGGUGUCAUCGGUGCCUUAGUGAAAACUGAUGAAAAAGAGGUCAUCACUUUUCUUCUGUCUACUGAAAUUAUUCCUCUCUGCCUUCGCAUCAUGGAACAAGGAACUGAAUUGUCUAAAACUGUGGCUACUUUCAUUUUGCAAAAAAUUUUACUUGAUGAUACGGGACUUAAUUACAUCUGCCAAACUUACGAGAGAUUCAGUCAUGUUGCCAUGAUUUUGGGUAAAAUGGUGCUAAAACUGGCUCGUGAGCCUUCUAUACGUCUUUUGAAACAUGUUAUACGUUGCUACAGUAGAAUGAGUGAUAACCCAAGAGCUCAACAAGCCUUACGACAGUGCCUUCCUGACCAAUUGAAAGACGGCACAUUCAAAGAGUUUUUCGAUCAGGACAAAUCGACAGCCAAUUGGCUUCGCAUCUUAAUGGAGAACUUAGGGAUAGAAUUGCCUGCUCAUAUGGUUCAAGCUGAGGCCGCUUUGUCAGUAUGCAGAUGA